AUGAGAGGACUGACAUUUAGAAUUACUAAGCAGCUCGUCCCGAGGGCCCUUUGCUGGUACAAGGAGAAUCCACCUUCCAAGUGUUUCCCGAAGCACAAGAACAGGCCGCAGUUCCCAGCCUCCCUGAACAGCCGGCGGUGGGUGUUCCUGACGAAGGGGCCGGAGGACUUCAGGAAAGGCUGUGGGCCUUGCCCUGCUCUGAUCUCUCGGGCCCCUCAAGAAGGCUCUCUGCCCCAGAUAUGUCACAGGGCUCCUCUACUAGCCCCAAGGAAGAGGCGGAACCAGCAGCCCAAAGACACGGCCCUGUCUUCCAAGCUCUGGUCAGCCCAGCGGGUGCGGAAGGCCUUCCUGGAGGAUGUGGAAGCCCGCCUGGCCCCGCACCCCUUGGCCCUCUACGGGAAUCUGGAAGAGGCCAUGCCGGCCGAGCUCUUAUUGAAGGUGCUGGAAGUGCUUGAUCCUGACAGGAAGCUGGAGGACACCUGGGUUUAUUGUGAGGACCCCAGAAAAAGAAUGAAAGAACCCCCAAAGCCUUUUAAAAAAUGUGCUACACAAGUCUACCUGGGACCUCCCAGGAAGAGUUCUGGGUCAUGUUCAGGCCAAUGGCUCUAUAAAGAAAAGCCAUGCCAGGUGGACCUGCCCCACAGAGAUGGCCCCCUUGUUUAUGAGAACGGAAGUUCAAACAUCGAUGAAGAGUUCAUCCUGAAGCAGUUCCACGUUGAUUAUCAAAGCAAACCGAGCCCCGAGGUGCUCCACACAGGGAGGCUAAACCAGCUUCCUCUGGAGCCAAAGCGCCGUGUGGGACUAAAGAAACUGCAGGAGCCAGAAUUCCUCCAGAAACUAGACAAGGAGAGGAAACUCCAGAAACCCCAGAAUCCUAGUAAACCAAAGAGGGUGAAGAUGAGGUAUGGAGCGUGGUAUCUGGACACCAAGUUGUGGAAAAAGCAAAGAGCGGAUGAACCCCUGGUUGACCCUAAGGCCUCACAUGAAGCUUAUGAUGAGAAUUUUAAAAAGAGGCAACAGGAGCAGGAGGAAGGCCUCGCAGACCUUCGGGGAACAGCUGCCUUUGAGGAUUUCAUUCUCAGCCGGGGCUACCCGAUGCCGAGUUUUCUAAAGAAGAUGUAUCCCAGGAAAGAACAUAAAUAUGCAUGUAGCAAGACUCCUGUACGAUUAACUCAAGCGUAG